CUCGAGACGCUGCUUUGGAAACGCUCAAAAUGGGGACCCUCGCAUCUCCGCCAAUAGACCGAUUCAACCUCUCACUAUGCGGUUCAUUCCUUCUCGGCUUGGUAGUUUUGGUACCGUGGAACUUCCUCGUGAUGGCGGACGACUAUUGGAAAUACAAGUUCCGGAGCGACAACGCUACCGAUGGGGGAAACAGCGGAGAGAUAAACGAGAAUCAGAAAUUCUUCAUCUCAUACCUCAGCUCGGUUUGCAACGGAAUUUACCUAGUGGUUCUAUUUUUGAACACUAUUUCCACCGUUAGAGUCAGCAGUGUCUCCAGGAUAUCCGGGUCCCUGAUCGGGACGACCUUGGCCAUGAUCCUCACGACGGUUUUCGUCGAAGUCAAUACCGAUUCGUGGAAAGACGAAUUCCUGGUGCUGAGCUUGGUGAUCGCGGGCCUGACUAGCUUCCUCGUCGCGAUCCUGUCGGGUUCCUCAACCGGGAUUUGUGGAUUUUUGCCGCAACGUUUCAUGGCGGCUUGUUUGCUCGGGCAAUCAGUCGGCGGCGUCCUCUGCGCAUCGGUUCAGAUUGGAUGCCUCGCGUUCGGCUUCUCGUCCCAAAAAACGGCUCUCUUGUUCUUCAGCAUCGCGAUCUGCAUUCUACUGAUAACGUCCAUAGUAUGGCCGCUUAUGAGAUCCACGGAUUUCUUCCGGCAUUAUCAGCGAAUAGCUUCAUGCUCGGAUGAUGUGAGCGUCUCGGAUGUCUCGUGCAUGCCGUACGGGGGUUCCCGGCUGACUGUUUUUUGGCGCGUUUUCCUGCAGGGAUGGCAAUUCCACAUCACAGCUCUGAUAGCCGGCACCUUCUCUAUGCCGAUAUUCCCCAACCUCGGAUACGCAGGACAGUCAGUCAACGUAGAUAUUUCUCCUUUCUUGAAGACCUUCUUCUUGCCCUUGGCUUGCUCUCUCACGUACAGCUUAGCAGAUGUUUCCGGAAGAUAUUUCGAGAACUUACGUCCUUACAAUCCAUCUCGAAGGAAGCUCCUCUUAGCUUUGUCCUUUUCACGAGUGCUGCUCAUUCCACUCUUGUUGGUCUGCAACCUGAAUCCGUUGAAGAGGAAUGUGACUGAGGUCUUGAUCAGGAGCGACGAAGUGUUUGCUCUCAUAAUGCUGGUCGCGGGCUUCUCAAACGGCUUUCUUCUGAACGCCGCAUUCAAAAACAGUCCUGGAGCAACCUCUCUGGAGUAUCAAGAAAUAUCGGCUACAAUAACCGUGUGUUUCUACGGAACGGGUGCUACCCUCGGAUCGUUACUUUCGAUCCUUCUCUUGAAGCUGCUCUGAUUGCAAGAUAUAAUAUAUAUAAUAUAAUAUAAUACAGUAUGUCGCGGAAUUUUGCGACUCCGUGACCGAGAAUAGCGUC